GUCUAGGUUAUUUUUAUUGUUUGAGUUUUUCUGUUGUUGAAGUGAACAUUGAACAUUUUGUUCUGGAGAAAAGUGGCACUAUAUUUUAGUGUUUCGUUCUAUUUUCCCUUCUGUUCCAUAUAAUAUCUACCAAUUCGUUGAAAUUUGCUGUUCCCUGUUUUACCAUGGGGGUCGCUCCAAGUACUUGCAAAAGUAAUAACGAUCUCGUUGAAAGCCUUAUAGUGCGAAACUUUAUUACAACCGGCCCAGUCGAGAGAGUAUUUAGAGCCGUAGACAGGGGUGAAUAUUUCCCACGCAGAAUCAGGGCCCAUGCUUACAACGAGACUGCAUGGAAAUGGGAGAACUUACAUAUCUCCUCUCCAUGUAUUUACGCUGUAGCUAUGGAGGCCCUAGAGUUGCAACCCGCAAUGUCUUUCUUAAACCUUGGAUCAGGCUCAGGAUUUAUGAGCACCAUGGUCGGUCUGAUAUUGGGUUCUAAUGGAAUUAAUCAUGGCAUGGAACUACAGGCUGAUAUUGUUGAAUAUGCAAAUCGGAAGCUCGAAGACUUCAUGAGACUAUCUGGCGCCAUGGAUGAGUACGAUUUUUGUGAACCCAAGUUUGUUCAUGGUAAUUGUUUAAGUAUUAACAGCCUGGUUUCCAUGGAAUACGACCGAAUUUACUGCGGUGCAGCUUGCAGAAGUCAAGAAGUAUUAUUUCUACGAAAAUUUCUCAAGACUGGCGGAAUUAUGGUUUUGCCAUGUAACGGAGAACUAUUACAAAUAAAAAAACUCGAAAAUACCGCAUGGGUAAGCAGGCAUCUCCUGAAUGUUUCUUUUUCGGCGAUAAUUCCACCUCCUGCUAAUUCUCUGGAAUAUAUCAAACCGAUUGAUGUGCAGCCAACACCUCUCCAAGUUCUAUGUCGUACCACCAUUCGUAAUGCUUUAAAAAAAACCAUAAAAAUUCAUGAAAUUCAGCAUCCUCCAGGACCAAAUAAAAGAAAAAUAUUCUCCCGCACCAGGAAAAGCAAAAGAUUGAAACAAGUGAUAAUACCAAAGCCUCUGCCAGACAGCUCUGAUGAAGAUGAAACGCCAAUCAUAAUACUACCUCGAUACAGUAAUGACGGACUUCAUGUAUCUGGAACAGACGGCUUAUACCACCCUGGAAGCUUUACCAUGGAAGUUUAUAGUAUGACUGCUGAGAAUAUAAAUAGAAUGACGCCACCAACAUCAAGUGACAGCGAAGAAGAAAUGAUAAUCGAUAAUGUGUCUGAUGACUCUGUUGAGGAAAGUGUUUCUCACUCGGUUUCUCAUCAAGUGUCUGUAGUCAUUGAACACCAUCCUGGGGAUGAUUCUAAUCCUGAGAAUAUCAAGAAUCAAGACGAAGAUGACUCAGAAGUUAUCAACAAUGAUGAAAAUGAACAGAAUAAUGAAAACAGCUCCCAGAACAGUGUUUCUCGCCAAGUGUCUGCAGUCAUUAACCACCAACCACAUGACCAUCCUAGAGAUGAUCCUAAUCCUGAGAGCGACGAGAAUCAAGAAGAUGACUCAGAAGUAAUAAGCAAGGCUCAUAUUCUUGCUCUUUUCCCCAAAGAUGAACAGAAUAAUAAAAACAGCUCCAGUGACAGCGACAUGAAAGCAGGAACUAGUGGAGCAGCUUCUCGCAAUACCUUGGUUAAAAGGGAAAACAUUAAUAGCAGCGUCAAUGAUGAAAUCAUAAAAGUAGUAAGUUCCUCUGAAGACGAAGAAAAAGAAAGAAGACGAACUAUCCAGCCUUGCCGCUACCGCUUGAGACAAGUCCUUGGAAUGGCUUAUAGAAAUCAGCUGAGAAGAAGAGCCUUGCCCGUUCUUCCUUCAGAAAGCUCCAGCGAUACAGAUGAGGACGAACCAGUAAAUACCUCAGGAUAUCGCAUGUACCAAAGUCCAAUGACCAAAUACAUGAAGGCAAAAAUAGAAAAGUUGCCCCUACCUCCCCCCUUGAAGAAUUUCCUGUUGUUUCAGUAGAGGGAAUGAUCUGCUAGUAUUACUGGCUGAACAUUUUGGCAAUGACAGCUGUUAGUGAGUUUGAUAUAGUUGCCUCAAACGAUAUUUCAUAUUGCUAUAAAAAAAAGUAAUUUCUAUUUUUGAUUAUUUUUUGUAACUAUGCCUAUAAAGAUUAAUUAUUCUUGAAAAGUUGAAUAACAAAACGAGUUUGAGUCUGGCUGCUGCUUUUGACAAGUUUUUAUCGACUUUAGUAUGUAAACAAUAUGAAAUAUUGUUGGAGAAAACUAUAUUUUUUAUUUUCGUUUCUAUCCUUCGUGGAAAUAUAAAAUACUAAUAUUAGAUUUAAGGAAAGUUUGUAGAUUUAAGAAAACGCUUCCCGCAUUUCUCACCUGGCUCUUGAAAGUAGGUAUUGGGAAACGUUUGACAUUAAGAAAUUUUCAUCAAUAUUUUUGUAUGCUUAAAUACUUACGAUUUAUUCUUUUGACUACAGUAGAACUCCAAUUAUCUGGAACGUUUUCAUUUUGACAAAAAAAAAAUUGACCUCAAGUUUGCAUUAAUCACACAUGUAGGAGAUUUUCUGUUUAUUCAACAUCAUGGCUACCAUAAUCUGCUUAGAUUUUCAUAGUCAGCCAUUUUCUUGAUUUAUCCAAUUAUUCGCAUCAGGUCUGGUCUCAACUAAUCCGGAUAAUUGGAGUGGAGAGUAAUGGUAUAUUGUGACAGCCGCUUUUUUACGCCAUGCUUGUGAUCUUGUAUUCUGACAGAUACUACUACUUAUAUUUUCACGCGGUAAACUUCGCUGUGAGCUAUUUCAAGAAGAAAAGUAAUCAAAACGUUUAUUCAGGUAAUUUUUUUUUUAAACUUCCCAAAAAAAAUGCUCAUUUCUAUGUAAAUGCGUUUUCAUGAGCACUUAUUCACAUAUUUGUUUCAAUUAUUGAGAAUAAUUGACUGUGAUAUAUUAGGUUGACCUAUAAUUUUGAAUAUUUGAAAUUUUAUGCAGAGACUACUGUCAGAAUAGUAAUUGGAGUUAUUACUGUAUAGCGAAAUCGCUGAUAAUGUAUUUGUAAUCGUUUAUAUAUGUGCUUUUAUUUUUCAAUAUCUAUAUUCGUUUGAUUUUUGUUACUUUUGAGUUACAUAUGUAUUAUUCUUAAGUUUUUUGAGUAGCUGAGAGACAUCUCAGAUAGUUUUAAGUAAAGUUGCCUUCAGCGAUAUUUUAUAUUCUUAAGUUUGGGGUUACAAUAUGAAAUAUCGUUGGAUUGAACUAUAUAAUCUCAUUAGUUAUUGCGUUACCUAUAUUAUUUUAUUGCGAAUAAGGUAUAUUCUGUUUUUAAUGUGGUUUCUUUAAUAAAAUACGGUGAUCCAA